AUGAUAUUUGAAAAACAUNAGAAAUUUACUCAAGCACAACGUAAAUGGUCUCCAAUGGAACAAGAAUGUUAUGCAUUUAUUUGUGCAUUAGACAAAUGGCAUAAUUAUUUAAGCGGAAUUAAAUUUACCUGGGAAACUGAUCACAAAGCAUUGACACAACUGAAUAAAAAAGCACAAAUUAAUAAACGAUGUGAACGAUGGAGAUUAAAAAUUCUAGAAUAUGAUUUCAAGGUGAAAUAUAUUCCCGGUUUAACGAAUUCAAUGCCGGAUUAUUUAUCAAGGUCUCCCGUUGACGAUGCUGAAGACGAUCCUGACGAAAAUACACACCUCAUUUCACAAUCAACACAAACUGAUAUUUUCUAUAAUAACGAAAAUUCACCCAUCAUCGCAGCUGUUCAAACUCGUGCUAUGAAAUUACGAAACCAAACUUUCAACGAUAUUACAGAUGUACCAAAAUUCACAUUCGAUUCUCUAAAUACUUCUACUGCAGCGAAUCGUUUUUUCCCAUUUUCACGUGAAGAAUUACUACAAGCUCAACAAAAUGAUAAUUAUGCAAAAAAUAUUCUAAACAAUAUCAAGAAAUAUAAAAAUUAUAUUAUAAAAGAUAAUCUUUUAAUGCGCCGAUUAAAUCAUCCAGCUCCUUAUGUACCACAAGGUGCUCUUCGAAGGACAAUAUUACACAUUUAUCAUGAUACUGCCGCGAACGGUGCUCAUUUUGGGAGAAAUAAAACUUUGCAUAAAAUUAAACAACGUUAUUUUUGGCCAUCUAUGUAUACAGAUAUUGAAAAUUAUGUUAAAUCCUGUAUUCCAUGUGCGCAAUUUAAUCCUCGUCGACACAAAACUCCUGGUACUCUACGACCUAUUCCACCUCCAGAAGGCGUAUGGCAAUUGGUAUCAAUGGAUUUUCAUGGACCUAUUACUCCAACCUCUCAACGUGGCAAUAAAUAUAUUAUAUGUCUUACCGAUGUUUUAUCGAAAUUUGUUAUUACAAAAGCUGUACGUGACAAUACUGCUCAAACCGCUGUACGAUUUCUUAAAGAAGAUAUUAUUUCAAAAUUUGGUACACCUCGUUGUAUACUAACCGACAAUGGAACUCAUUUCACAUCAACCUUAAUGGAUGCAUUAAUUCAACAAGUCGGAGCAACACACUUAUAUUCCACACCAUAUCAUCCUCAAACGAACGGACAAGUUGAAAGAUACAAUUCAACCAUGGAUGCAAAAAUUGCAGCAUUAUCCAAUCUACGCAAAACAGAUUGGGAUGAUCAAUUACCAUUUGUUACAUUCAAUUACAAUGCUUCGAUUCAUACAUCGACCAAACAAAUACCUUUCGAAAUGAUGUACGGUCGAUCCCCUGUUUUACCUUUUGAUCAUCAAGAUACAAAUGUUACCCUGUCGCACGAUUCUGAACAUGUGCGAAAACUUCGUCAAUUCUUAUCACAAUUAAAUGAACAAGCCAAAAUUCAUAUUACUAAGAAUCAAGAACGAUACAAACAACGCUACGAUGAAAAUCGUUCUGAUCCAUCCUACAGCAUCGGUGAUUUGGUUCUGGUGAAAACGCUCCACAUCCGUUCUAAAUUCGAUACUCGUUAUGAAGGACCAUUUAGGAUUAUUCAAAUAAUUACACCCAAAACAUUUAUCGUUCAACACGUCAAAAAACUCAUAUUAUAUCGUCAAGUUACAACUGACGUGUUAUUACCAAUAUUUGAACGAAUUCAUUCAUUAUAG